AUGCUGAACCGUCAGUAUCUGGACUUGAGAUGCAGCUCAAAUGACCCAGGGAGGGUCCGUGAUGAACGAUCUCGUAUUGACGAACGUCCGACGGCUGAAAAUUUAACCCCUAGUCCGAAAAUAGAACCUUGUGGCAUUGAAAACUUUAAUUACAAGCCGGAAGCAGGAGAUUGUCCAACGGUUGAUGCAUUAAGAGAACGUACAGCAGACGAUGGAAAACCUCCAGCGUAUUUUCCUCAACCCGACGACAAUAUUCCAGCAAUCGAUGAAGGACCGAUGGGUCCAGUGGGUCCUUGGGCAACUGGUCGGCCUGUUUUUUCUCCUAGGUCUGGAAUGACUGGCUUGAGGCCGGUUGUUGAUCGUUACUCUAUGACUCGGUACACUCCCGCUCAGUGGCGGAGUCAUAAUCAAACUUUUUUUGAUCAAUCAAGUCGAAUGAUUAAUAACGCCAGGACAUUGGCGAAGAAUGUACGAGAGCAUAACAAAAUAAUUUAUAGAGAAACAGACAAAAAUCAACUGGAGAAUAGAGACAGAUUGAGUGGACGAGCUGGAGAAAUUCAUCACUGGAAAACGGAGCUCGAGCGUGCACUUAUUGAACUCACUGACGAGAUUGAAUUACUUGAAACUGAGCAUCGACGUGUUAAGCAAUCACUCUCGGUGUUGACUAUUCCUGAGUCAAUUGCUGGUGAAUUUUUGCAAAUACGGUCAACAAGAAUGGAACCUGAUCUUGUACGUGAUAAAGUUGAAGAUGAACUUGUAAAGGAGGUAGCAUUGUGCGCUGUUGUAAGAGAUGUACUUAAUAAAACCCGUGAAUCAAUAGAAGAUGAAUUAUCGGAAUUAAAAGCUGUUAAAACACGCCUUGAAUUUGAUUUAACCGAUAAAGUUGAUGCUUAUGCUAAUGAUUCAACGUGUGUUGGAUUUACUAAUGAUUCUCCGUUAAUUAUGAUGAAGCCUGGAGCUACGAGAGUUCCACCUGAGCAAUCAUCGCCAGAAGGAUAUGAUAAUUUUACAAAAGAAAAUUUGAUAACUUGCGAAAAUAUUCGACAAAAAUCGACAUCUCUAAGAGCAACUUUAAAUGAUACUUAUUUGCGAGUUGUCAGAGAUUUGCGACAACAAGCGACUCAAGUUGACUUGGCAUUGACGGAAAAUGUCAAUGUCACUGAACAAGUUUGCCAGGCAUUGGAAAAAGAAUUAGUUAAUUGUCUGAAUCAAUUAUCAGAUACCGAAAAAUUAAUUGAAGAAUUGCGAGGAGCAAAUAGAGGUUUGAAAGAUGCUAUGAAAGUGGCACAAACACGUUUGAGUAUUCGGCUCGAGCGUAGAAAUGUUGAAAAUUGUCGUGACAUUCCACAAUAUGGAUUGAUUGAAGAAGUGAAAACUAUCGGAGAAAAUUUAACGUCAAUGGCUGAUCAAUUGCGACAAGCGGAGGAAACACAGGCGGGUCUAGUAAAAUCCCGCGGUGACUUGGAACGUGAAAUAAUGGUAAAGAGAAAAACUCUUUACAUAGAUAGAGAUCGUGGACAAUUGUUACGUUCAUUCUACCCCUCAGCAGAAGCAUUGUCUGGCCACGUAUAA